GGUUUUUGCCAGACCUCCAAUUCCAGUCUCCAAAUCAAUUCCAUUUCUCUGCAAAGAAAAGAAAAAUGACAUCCAUCAAUGAAAAUGAAACCACAAAACAUCAUGCGGUGUGCCUUCCGUUUCCAACCCAAGGUCAUGUUACCCCCCUGAUGCAGCUAGCCAAGCUACUACACAGCAGAGGCUUCCACAUAACCUUCGUCAACACCGAGUUCAACCACCGCCGCUUCAUCCGCUCUAGAGGUGACGACGCCGUCCGUGGCCUGACUGAUUUCCGCUUUGAAACCAUCCCGGAUGGGUUACCGCCAUCUGAUCGUGAUGCAUCGCAGGAUGUUCCUCCGCUCUGUGACUCCACGAGAAAGAAUCUUCUGGCACCCUUCUUGGAGCUACUGGGUAAGCUGAAUUCGUCUCCGGAGUUGCCACCAGUAACUUGCAUAGUUGCUGACGGCGUUAUGGGCUUCGCUAUGCGGGCUGCCGAAGUACUUGGCUUACCUGCGAUUCAGCUUUGGACUGCCUCCGCUUGUGGCUUCAUCGGAUAUUUGCAGUAUAGUGAAUUGGUUAAAAGAGGCAUCAUCCCAUUCAAAGAUGAAAAUUUUCUAAGCGAUGGCAGCCUUGAAACCCCAUUGGAUUGGGUAGCCGGCAUGAGUAAUAUAAGGCUAAGGGACCUUCCUAGCUUUGUCAGAACCACCGAUGUAAACGAGAUUAUGUUUGAUUUCUUGGGAUCGGAAGCCCGGAACUGCUUGAAAUCACCCGUGAUUGCUUUCAACACAUUCGAUGACUUCGAAUACGAAGUCUUGGAGGUAAUAGCUGCCAAAUUCUCUCGACUUUAUACCAUAGGCCCGCUUCCCCUGCUCGCCAGGCACUUCUCUGAAACCCAAGACAUGUCUCUCAAUCCUAGCUUGUGGAAGGAAGACUCAGAUUGCAUCAACUGGCUUGACGGAAAGGAGGAGAAAUCUGUCGUCUAUGUCAAUUACGGUAGCAUAACGGUGAUGAGCGAGCAACAUUUCAAGGAGUUUGCAUGGGGUCUUGCUAACAGUAACCACCCAUUUCUAUGGAUCGUUCGGACUGAUAUCGUGACAGGAUCAGAUUCAGUGGCACUGCCUGAGGAAUUCUACAAUGAGAUUAAGGACAGAGGUAUGAUAACAACUUGGUGCCCACAAGCUCAAGUGCUAUGUCACCCGGCAGUAGGAGUUUUUCUAACACAUUGUGGAUGGAAUUCUACACUGGAGACGAUUUGUGCUGGUGUGCCUGUGAUUUGCUGGCCGUUCUUCGGUGAGCAACCGACAAAUUGCCGGUACGCUUGCACCACAUGGGGUAUCGGCAUGGAGAUUAAGCCUGACGUGAAACGGAGUAACGUUGAGGCUCUUGUGAAGGAGAUGAUGGAAGGUGAAGGAGGAAAGCGAAGGAGGGAAAAGGCUUUGGAAUGGAAGAAGAAAGCAGAAGCGGCUACCGAUGUUGGAGGAUUGUCUUAUGUGAAUUUUGAUCAAUGUAUUGCAGAAGUUCUCCUCAAGAAGGAAUGAAGAAUGAUUGGCUCAAGCACUGUUGUUUCAUCUUCCAAUGGAAUUUUCUUGCCGUGGUUCAUUGCGAUGGCAUAAUUUGUAAGCAGACACCUUGCAUCAAAACUUGAUAAUCCAUGAAUUUUCUUCUCCAAAAAUGAUCAAUACCUGAUACAUUCAUAAUCAACAUAAGAGACUUCU